AGUCUUAUACAGGUGUACCGGCUCCUCCCCUCCAGUCUUAUACAGGUGUACCGGCUCCUCCCCUCCAGUCUUAUACAGGUGUACCGGCUCCUCCCCUCCAGUCUUGCCCAGGUGUCCCGGCUCCUCCCCUCCAGUCUUGCCCAGGUGUACUGGCUCCUCCCCUUCAGUCUUGCACAGGUGUACCAGCUCCUCCCCUUCAGUCUUGCACAGGUGUCCCGGCUCCUCCCCUCCAGUCUUGCACAGGUGUCCCGGUUCCCCCCCUCCAGUCUUGCACAGGUGUCCCGGCUCCUCCCCUCCAGUCUUGCACAGGUGUCCUGGCUCCUCCCCUCCAGUCUUGCACAGGUGUCCUGGCUCCUCCCCUCCAGUCUUGCACAGGUGUGCUGGCUCCUCUCCUUCAGUCUUGCACAGGUGUACCGUCUCCUCCCCUCCAGUCUUGCACAGGUGUCCCGGCUCCUCCCCUCCAGUCUUGCACAGGUGUACCGGCUCCUCUCCUUCAGUCUUGCACAGGUGUACCGGCUCCUCCCCUCCAGUCUUGCACAGGUGUACCGUCCCCUCCCCUCCAGUCUUGCACAGGUGUAC